GCUGCCGGAGAGCGGCUCCCGCGGCUCUUCGCUCGGGCGCCCCGGUUCGCCUCGGCGUCCGCCGCCGCCGCCGCCUGCUCUUCCUCCUCCGUCGCCGCGCCGCCGCCGCCGCUCGCAGCCCCGCAGCCCCUCCUGCCAUGGCCGCCGCGGGCGCCCGGCGCGGCCCCGGCCCCGGCCCCAGCUCGAGGCUCCGGGAGCGGCUGAGGCGCGGCUUCCACCCGGCGCCGCCGCCGCUGCUGCUGUUCCUGUGCCUGCUGUCGCCGCGGCCGCUGCUGGCCGGCGCCACCGCCGCCGCCUCGCAGGAGCCCGACAGCCCGUGCCGGCUCAAGACCGUCACGGUGUCCACGCUGCCCGCGCUGCGGGAGAGCGACAUCGGCUGGAGCGGCGCCCGCGCCGGGGCCGGGACUGGGACCGGGGCGGGAGCCGCCGCCGCCGCCGCCGCGUCCCCGGGCUCCGCGGGCUCCGCGGGCACCGCCGCCGAGACGCGCCUCCUGCUCUUUGUGCGUAACGAGCUGCCGGGGCGCAUCGCGGUGCAGGACGACCUGGACAACACCGAGCUGCCCUUCUUCACCCUGGAGAUGUCUGGCACGGCGGCGGACAUCUCGCUGGUGCACUGGAGACAGCAGUGGCUGGAGAAUGGCACCUUGUACUUCCACGUCUCCAUGAGCAGUGCUGGGCAGCUGGCCCGGGCCACCACCCCCACACUCCAGGAGCCCUCGGAGAUUGUAGAGGAGCAGAUGCACAUACUCCACAUUUCUGUGAUGGGCGGCCUCAUCGCACUGCUGCUGAUGCUGUUGGGUCUCACGGUGGCGCUGUUCGCCCAGAGGCGCUGGCAGAAGCGGCGCCGCGUCCCGCAGAAGAGCGCGAGCACGGAGGCCACCCACGAGAUCCACUACAUCCCGUCGGUGCUGCUGGGGCCGCAGGCCCGGGAAGGCUUCCGCUCCUCGCGGCGGCAGGCCCACGGCUCCGUCAUCGGCGUGCCCAUCCGGGAGACCCCCAUCCUGGAUGACUACGACUGCGAGGAGGAGGAGGACCCGCCCCGGCGCGCCAACCACGUCUCCCGCGAGGACGAGUUCGGCAGCCAGGUGACCCACGCCCUGGACAGUCUGGGCCGACCAGGGGAAGAGAAAGGGGACUUCGAGAAGAAAGCAGCAGCUGAGGCGGCGCAGGAGACAGUGGAAUCCCUGAUGCAGAAGUUCAAGGAGAGUUUCCGCGCUAACACGCCCAUCGAGAUCGGUCAGCUGCAGCCAGCCCCGCGCAGCACCUCGGCAGGGAAGCGGAGGCGGAGGAGCAAGUCUCGAGGAGGAAUCAGCUUUGGGAGAACCAAGGGGACUUCAGGUUCAGAGGCAGACGACGAAACGCAGCUGACGUUCUACACAGAACAGUACCGCAGCCGCCGCAGCAAAGGUUUGCUGAAAAGCCCAGUGAACAAGACAGCCCUGAUGCUAAUUGCCGUGAGCUCAUGCAUCCUGGCCAUGGUAUGUGGCAGUCAGAUGUCCUGUCCGCUCACUGUGAAGGUGACUCUGCACGUGCCUGAGCACUUCAUUGCAGACGGGAGCAGCUUUGUGGUGAGUGAAGGAAGCUACCUGGACAUCUCCGACUGGUUAAACCCGGCCAAGCUGUCCCUGUAUUACCAGAUCAACGCCACCUCCCCGUGGGUGAGGGACCUCUGUGGACAGAGGACAACAGAUGCCUGUGAGCAGCUCUGUGACCCAGAAACUGGAGAGUGCAGCUGUCAUGAAGGCUAUGCCCCUGACCCGGUUCACAGACACCUGUGUGUGCGCAGUGACUGGGGACAGAGCGAAGGACCUUGGCCUUACACUACCCUUGAGAGGGGCUAUGACCUGGUGACGGGGGAGCAAGCCCCUGAAAAGAUUCUCAGGUCUACUUUCAGCUUGGGCCAAGGCCUCUGGCUUCCUGUCAGCAAAAGCUUCGUGGUUCCGCCCGUGGAGCUGUCCAUCAACCCCCUGGCCAGCUGCAAGACAGACGUCCUCGUCACGGAAGACCCUGCAGAUGUCAGGGAAGAAGCGAUGCUGUCCACAUACUUUGAAACCAUCAAUGACCUGCUGUCCUCCUUUGGGCCAGUCCGCGACUGCUCUCGGAACAAUGGGGGCUGCACGAGAAACUUCAAGUGUGUGUCUGACCGCCAGGUGGACUCCUCGGGAUGUGUGUGCCCCGAGGAGCUGAGGCCCAUGAAGGAUGGCUCCGGCUGCUAUGACCACUCCAAAGGCAUCGACUGCUCUGAUGGCUUCAACGGCGGCUGCGAGCAGCUGUGCCUGCAGCAGACGCUGCCUUUGCCCGAUGACGCCACCUCCAGUGCCAUCUUCAUGUUCUGUGGUUGUGUGGAGGAGUACAAGCUGGCUCCGGAUGGAAAAUCCUGCCUCAUGCUCUCAGACGUCUGCGAGGGCCCCAAGUGCCUCAAACCCGAAUCCAAAUUCAACGACACCCUCUUUGGAGAGAUGCUACAUGGGUACAACAACCGGACGCAGCACGUGAACCAAGGCCAGGUCUUCCAGAUGACCUUUAGGGCUGUAGCACGUGCCCAGUUUGGCAGACAAAUCACAGGCCAGCCACAAACCCCCAGGCAGAAGCCACGAUCACAGGCACAAACAAGAACAGCUCCACAGGCCAGGGAGAACAACUUCAUCAAGGACUUUCCUCAGCUGGCCGACGGGCUGUUGGUGAUCCCGCUGCCGGUGGAGGAGCAGUGCCGGGGGGUCCUCUCCGAGCCCCUCCCGGACCUCCAGCUGCUCACCGGAGACAUCAGGUACGACGAGGCCAUGGGUUACCCCAUGGUGCAGCAGUGGCGGGUCCGGAGCAACCUCUACCGUGUGAAGCUCAGCACCAUCACCCUCUCAGCAGGCUUCACCAACGUCCUUAAGAUCCUGACCCAGGAGAGCAGUCGGGAGGAGCUGCUGUCCUUCCUCCAGCACUACGGCUCCCACUACAUCGCAGAGGCGCUCUACGGCUCCGAGCUCACCUGCGUCAUCCACUUCCCCAGCAAGAAGGUCCAGCAGCAGCUGUGGCUCCAGUACCAGAAAGAGACCACAGAGCUGGGCAGCAAGAAGGAACUCAAGUCUAUGCCCUUCAUCACCUACCUCUCAGGUCUGCUGACAGCCCAGAUGCUGUCGGAUGACCAGCUCAUCUCAGGUGUGGAGAUCCGCUGUGAAGAGAAAGGCCGCUGUCCCUCUACCUGCCACCUUUGCCGCCGGCCAGGCAAGGAGCAGCUGAGCCCCACACCAGUGCUGCUGGAAAUCAACCGUGUGGUACCGCUUUACACCCUCAUCCAAGACAAUGGCACCAAAGAGGCCUUCAAGAGCGCUCUGAUGAGCUCCUACUGGUGCUCAGGGAAAGGGGACGUGAUCGAUGACUGGUGCAGGUGUGACCUCAACGCCUUUGAUGCCAGUGGGCUCCCCAACUGCAGCCCCCUCCCACAGCCAGUGCUGCGGCUGUCCCCAACAGUGGAACCUUCUAGCACUGUGGUCUCCUUGGAGUGGGUGGAUGUUCAGCCGGCUAUUGGCACCAAGGUCUCUGACUAUAUUCUGCAGCACAAGAAAGUGGAUGAAUACACAGAUACAGACCUCUACACAGGAGAGUUCCUGAGCUUUGCUGAUGACUUACUCUCUGGCCUGGGCACAUCUUGUGUAGCAGCUGGUCGAAGCCAUGGAGAGGUUCCAGAAGUCAGUAUCUACUCCGUCAUCUUCAAGUGUCUGGAGCCCGACGGCCUCUACAAGUUCACUCUGUAUGCUGUGGAUACACGAGGGAGGCACUCGGAGCUCAGCACGGUGACCCUGAGGACGGCCUGCCCACUGGUGGAUGACAACAAGGCCGAAGAAAUAGCUGACAAGAUCUACAAUCUGUACAAUGGGUACACAAGUGGAAAGGAGCAGCAGACCGCCUACAACACGCUGAUGGAGGUCUCAGCCUCAAUGCUGUUCCGAGUCCAGCAUCACUACAACUCUCACUAUGAGAAGUUUGGCGACUUUGUCUGGAGGAGUGAGGAUGAACUGGGGCCCAGGAAGGCCCACCUGAUCCUACGACGGCUAGAGAGGGUGAGCAGCCACUGCUCCGGCCUCCUGCGCAGCGCCCACAUCCAGAGCCGUGUGGACACCGUGCCCUACCUUUUCUGCCGCAGUGAGGAAGUCCGGCCUGCGGGUAUGGUGUGGUACAGCAUCCUUAAGGACACCAAAAUCACAUGCGAGGAGAAGAUGGUGUCCAUGGCCCGAAACACGUAUGGGGAGUCCAAGGGCCGGUGAGGGAGGGCGCCGCCCUCCGUGAGCACAGAGACCCUCCGUGGGAGGGGGAGCAGUACUCACGUGGACCCUGGGGCCUGGGUGGGCUGGGGGUCAGCCGAGGAGGGGCCCGGCAGAUGAGGCUCGCCAGCGAGCCAAAGCAAACUCUUUUCUCUUGUGGAUAGCCAACAGAGAACUUUGUAACCACUGGAAUUGUCCAUUUUUCUCUAUCUUUUAUUUUUUUCUAAGAUAUUAUUUGACGCUAGCAAAGUCUCCCCUUUUUAAACGUUUUCUUAUGGAUGGCGGUCAGUCCCGAGGCAGGACCUGUCAGGUGGAGAUCAAGCGGCCUUUGUUCUUCUUCCUUCCGCCUGCCACACGCAGCUUCCUUCUGCCACGGACCCCUGGAGGGGCCCUCUGGAGGGACAACGGGACCUCCUCAGCGUCAGGAAGGAGGCCCCAAGGACUGUGGCAGUGAGGAAGCUUGGGUCUUUAUGACUUUUUUUUUCAGACGUUACCGAGUUUGCAGGACCCCUGCCUCUUCCUGCUACCUGUGGGUCUGCCCAGAGUCCCUGCGGGACUUUCCAUGCAUUAAAAAUUCCUAUUGUCU